UUUUUAUUUUGAUUCACUUGCUAAUCAAAUGCUGAUUUUGCCACAAUCAUUUUAAUUGCUGGAAUAAUCAAGGCAAUUUGAUUGGAUUCCUAUCCGGUUCUCUAGUCUAUUAUUGAAUUGAUCUGAAUUCUAAAUCAUCUUAAUGUCUGAAACUGUGGACAAUUAUGAUAUUCCGAGUUCUGCCAGUUCUGAUGGUGGAAGUGCCGAUGAUCUUAUAGGAGAAAUGGGACUAAACAGUGAACCCAUUAAACCGAAAGAAUUGAAUGGACUCAAUUCGUAUCAACCACAAAAAGUAACAUGGGAACCAGUUAAAGCUAAAGGACCAACAAAGACAAGUCGCAAAGAUGCCGAAUGGACAUUAUCAAAGACGAAAAUCUUAGCGACCAAAUCUAAUACACUUUUAAGAUCAGGUCAACGGACAAUCUACACUUCGGGUCGACCUCCUUGGUAUGAUGUCCAAGGACAAUUAGUUGAACCUUUAAUAAUCGGUAUUUGUGGUGGAAGUGCUUCAGGAAAAACUACAGUCGCUAGAAAAAUAAUCGAAACACUGGACGUGCCUUGGGUCACCUUAUUAAGCAUGGAUUCAUUUUAUAAAGUUUUAUCAGCCGACGAGAGUAAACUUGCUCGAACUAAUGAAUUUAACUUUGAUUCUCCUGAUGCUUUCGAUUUUGAUUUAUUAGCUGAAACAAUUGCCAAAUUACGAGAUGGUAAACGAGUCGAUGUACCGAUUUACAAUUUCGUUACACAUUCACGAGAAAAACGAACGAGAGUAACCUAUGGAGCUAAUGUUAUAAUUGUUGAAGGAAUUCUGAUAUUUUAUCAUAAGAAACUUUUGGACAUGAUGGAUAUGAAAGUAUUCAUUGACACCGAUCCUGAUGUACGAUUAGCACGUCGAUUGAAACGAGACAUUUCUGAACGAGGCCGUGACCUGGAAGGAGUAAUGAAACAAUAUAAUACUUUUGUGAAGCCUUCGUUUGAAAAUUUUAUUGCCCCAACUGUGAUACACGCUGAUAUAAUUGUACCUCGAGGUGGUGAGAAUCAAAUAGCCAUUAAUCUGAUUGUUCAACACAUACAUAAACAAUUACAAUCUAGAGGAGCUCAAUUAAGAUCUAAAUUACUUAAGAGUCAUCUUAAUCAACCAUUACCAGAGACAUUAAAAGUUUUACCAUCAACAUCUCAAGUUCGGGGAAUACAUACAAUCAUUAGGAAUCAAGAUACAAGUCGAGAUGAAUUUAUCUUCUAUUCCAAACGAUUAAUGAGGCUUCUUAUUGAAUUUGCUAUGUGUCAAUUACCAUUCAAGGAUGUAACGAUUGAAACACCUCAAGGAGUUGAAUAUUAUGGUAAACGGGCUGAUGGUAAAAAAAUUUGUGGGGUCUCGAUUUUACGAGCGGGCGAGACCAUGGAACAAGCGUUGAAAGAUGUCGUGAAAGACGCUCGAUUAGGAAAAAUUUGUAUCCAAACGAAUACAGUUACAAACACUCCGGAGCUUUAUUAUCUUCGACUUCCGAAAGAUAUAAAAGAUUAUCGAAUCAUGAUAAUGGAUGCAACAGUCGCUACCGGAGCAGCGGCCAUGAUGGCGAUUAGAGUUCUACUUGACCAUGAUGUACCCGAAGAGAAUAUUAUUUUAUGUUCACUGUUAAUGGCCGAAUCGGGAGUCCAUUCAAUUGCUUACGCGUUUCCGAAAGUCGUGAUUCUGACAACCGAAGUUGAUCCAGAAGUCAACGAUAGUUACUAUAUUGUCCCUGGAAUUGGAAACUAUGGUGACAGAUAUUUCGGAACUGAAUCAUUAGGCAGAUCGGAACUUUAACCAUCUAUUUUAACAUUUACAAAAUUUUAACAUUUUAUUAACUGUUAACACUUUUAAUCUAAAUCUCAUUUAUAUUGAACAAUUUGGAAAGUUUAAUUAACCAUUUGAUUGGUUUGCUUUCACUUUCUUUGUUUCUUCUCAAUUGUUUGGACUCAAUUCUCAAUGAUGAGAAAUCGUUAUUGACGCUAACAGAAUAACAAUCAGUUCUCUGUGUAUGAUAUUAAAUUAAUUGUAAUUCGAUCUUAAAAUUAAAGAGUCGAUUGAUUUUUCACUUAA